AAUUCUCGCCGGAGCUUAGCUCAACUCCUCAAUUGAAAGUAACGAACGCCGACCGGACCGGAAUGAAGUUCUCAGAUAUUCUGCUCGCGAUUCUUCACGCGCAAGCAAUCAUCACGCAGCUCAGACUCAGAGUCAAGGAUGACGAUCUGAUUGAAACCACGUGCAGGAAGACGUCGAAUUAUCGCCUCUGCGUCUCUACGCUGCGCGCCGAUCCAUGCAGCGCCACCGCCGACGUGCCGGGACUCGGCCUCAUCAUGGUGGAUGCUGUCAGAGCCAAGGCGGAGACAGCGCUAUCCGCGAUCAGCGAGCAGUGGUUACUCCAUCCGGAGCAGAGGCAGGCGCUGGAACACUGCACCGCUGCGUAUGAGGCGGUGCUGAAGGCGGAUGUGCCGGAGGCGGUUGUCGGUUUGCGAAAAGGCGUUCCGAAAUUCGCCGAAUUCGGAAUGUCCGACGCGGCGUGGGAGGCGGAGAUUUGCCAAGGUAACUUCGAGAAAUGGAUGGAAUCGCCGCUGAGCCAAGUGAACCAAGAUCUCCGUGAGCUUGCUCUGGUUGCUACUGCAAUUAUCAGAGAGCUGCUUUGAUCCAUCGAUCCAAGCAAGCAAGAAGGUCGCACGUUGCAGUUGAUAAUUCAGUAUAAUCCAUUUCGGCAAGAAUUCUUGUUAAAGGGAGGGGCAUUUAUGUAUAAAAACGACACCAUGUCCAACUCCUGGACAAGUUGAUGGAGGACACAAAUCAACAAAUACUUGUACAAGAAUAAACCAAUGU